GGCAUGAGCUACACGCCGUCCUACGCCAACGACGAGCAUCGCCGUAUCGCCGCCGCGGCCCUGCGGCUGUCUCGUCUACACCCGCCGGCCAGCGUCAGCAGCUCCGGUGCUCCUGAGCCAGACGGGGCGGUCCGGGUGCCCCAGGCCGCAUACAUCCUCGAUGCUGGCUGCAUGGACUUCCCCGUCGACAUCGAGGUUGUCGACGCAGACGCAGACGCAGACGCAGCAGACGUCGACGCUGACACCGACCGGGACGCGGAGGACUGGCGGAGGAUCAAGAUGCUCGCAGCGGACUCGACGGGCUCGACGGAGGGCAGCCAGCUUCGGACGGACCUGCUCUCGCACUCGCACUCGCACUCGCUCUCGCACUCCCGUCGCAGCCACCAGAGCCACCGGAGCCGUCUCAGCCAGCAGAGCAGACGGCACAGCAGCCAGGCCGACCACCAGGACGCCGCCGGCCGCGACCAUGAAGAGGAGGAAGAAGAAGAAGAAGAAGAGGAAGAACAUGAAUACGAAGAAGAAGAAUAUGAUGAAGAGGCCGAUGAAGACGAACUCGAGCCUGGCUGCUCGCAUGAAAACGCCUUCUUCGUGCUACUCCGGAUAUCCUUCUGUCUCCCGCCGUUCACCAUCUUCGCCGCCCUCUACGCCUUUAUAUCCCUAAUAUUCCUCCUCCUCGCCAUCCCCUUACGCCUCUGUCCCCCUUCGCACUUCUUCAAACCGCCCACCUCUCUCACGGAACAGGUCUGCCGGCUGCUCGUUCCUUUGCUCCGUCUCAACCGCCGGACUGUCACCAGCCCAACCAACAACAACCACGAUCACGGCCGCAGCAGCAGCAGGAGCAGCAGCAGCCAUCACCAUCGCCAUGACCAUCAUAAUAACCACCAUGCAAAACGCUCGCGGCGGCACUACAGCACCCACUCGAGCCUGCCAGCGUCCGCCCUGACCUCCCCGCGACAGUCCUAUACCAUCUCUACCUCUACGCCCGUCUCAGCGUCGUUUUCCAGUUCCACCAUCCCCACCCAGCCUGUCACUGCCACCGAUUCAGCCAGCAUUCCUGCAUCUACGACUACGCCCGCCGCCGCCGCCGCCGACAGUUCGGCGUCGAGGCUGUAUGCCAACUAUUCGGCCCCCAUGCUCGUCUUCGUCCACCUGCUCUCCCCUCUACUCCUCCCUCCCACCUUGCUGGCCGCCUGGAUAUGCGCCUGCUUCUGGAUCUUCGUCAUGAUCAUGGGCAAUCCUGACGGCAAGGAGAAGACCGACGAUGGCCGCGCUGCUGUCUUGGCGGUUAGAAACUGGUGGUGUCUCUGGCUCGCCAGCGCCCGGAGGAAACGCAGAAAAAGAGACCCGGAAGCGGGAGCUGUAUAG